AUGGUUGUCUUGGAUAAGGAUUUUAAAAUUCAUUUUCUAAAAUAUGGAUUUAGACAGAAAUCUUUUAACGAUUUCUUUCAGUAUUUGAAAUAUUUUUCCUUUCCGGUGAUCUUAAUUAUAGAUUUUUUUAUUCAUUUGGAACUAUUUAUAUAUAUGUAUCUCAGUUUAGUCUUAAUCAUAUCUCUAAGGUUCCCUUUCUCCUCAGACGCUGUCAUGUCUCAAAUCAUCGAGCACAUCGUCCUUUUCAAGGUCAAAGACAAUGUCGACUCCGACAAGAUUGAAGCCAUGGCCAACGACCUCAAGAACCUCGGAACCAUCGACCAGACGCUUUACCUCUCCGCCGGUCCUAUCCAUCGUCUCAUAUCCCCCCUGGGCUUCACUCACGUCCUUCAUAGCCGGUACAAAUCCAAGGAAGAUCUCAACGCGUACGUGGCACAUCCUGUUCACCUUCGCGCUGUCGAGGAAUGGAUGCCUAUCUGGGAAGACGUCAUGGCCUUUGAUUAUAUCGCCGAUAUAGUCCCCGGGAGCCUAACACCACCUCCAAGAUCCGUUGGGAAGAUCACGUUACUCAAGGUGAAAGAGAACCUCUCGGACGAGGCGAAAACGGAGAUCAUGGAAGUGAUUAAGGAGAAGUCUGCAGGAGCUGAUCAGAUCACAGUGGGACUGGGACAAACCUUCUCUCCGGUUAAUGCAAAGGGUUUCUCGAUUGCAUCGGUUGCCUAUCUGAAGGGUCUGGGAGAAACUGAGGCUCUCCAGGACUUGGUGAAAGAAAAGGUUGGUGAUUAUGUCGAUGGUAUCAUUGUUGUCGAGUUCGUUGUACCUUUGUCCUCAUAAGUGUGUAAAAAAAAAACGCUCAAGUUUCAAUUACUUGAAGCCUUUGUUACUGUCGAAUAAUAAUGUUUCAGAAAAACUUUGGACCAUGCAAUUAUUUUGUAUGUAAGCUCCUAUU